AUGAAAUUUACAGGUCGACCUAUUCGAAUCGCAGGGGCCUCGGGCUCUGCCUCUGAUCGACGCCAUGCCAUUGCUGAAUUCGCACGACACUAUGAAACUGAUCCCGUUGAUGUUAUUAUCGCUGAUUUCAUGAGCGAGUUUAACAUGGGUUCUAAUGCUGGUCGUCGUGUGGAUCAAGGUCAGAAUGGAAUGCCGGCAUAUGAUUUGUCGUUUCUUGAGGCUGUUGAGCCUGCUUUGAAUGACUUGGCUAAACAUGGUAUCAAAUUGGCCGUGAAUGCUGGUGUUUGUGAUACAAAGGGACUUUACGAUGUUGUUUUGAAGAUGGCUCGAUCGAAAGGACUUGAUUUAAAGGUUGCCUACGUUACUGGUGAUGAAGUCUUACCUGCUGUUCAGAAAGCACUAUCAGGUGGUCAAUCUGAGUUUCGGAAUAUUUACACUGAUGGAAAGUUAGCUGAUUGGGAUUUUGAGCCCAUUUACGCCCAGUGCUACCUUGGUGGCCUGGGAAUCGCGGCUGCUUUCACUGAGGGAGCUGAUAUCGUUCUCUGUGGUCGCGUUUCCGAUGCAUCUCCUGUUAUCGGUGCUGCUUAUUGGUAUCAUGGCUGGCAACGUGAUGAGCUCGACAAGCUAGCCAAUGCCUUUGUGGCAGGGCAUCUGAUUGAAUGCAGCAACUACGUCUGCGGUGGGAAUUUCACUGGUUUCAAGUCUUUGGAGCAUGGUGGAGAUGGGUGGACGAAUAUCGGAUAUCCCAUUGCUGAGAUCUCUGCUGAGGGAGAUGUGAUAAUCACCAAGCAGUCAUACUCAACUGGUGGGGCUGUCACCGUCGACACCUGCACUUCUCAACUGCUGUAUGAGAUCCAGGGCCCUUGGUACUACAACUCAGAUGUGACCGCCAUUAUCGACGGCAUCCACUUUGAGCAGCGAGGCAUCAAUCGAGUAGCCCUGUUAGGUGUCAGAUCUGGUCCUCCACCUCCUACCACGAAGGUUGGCAUCACUGCCCGUGGUGGCUUUCAAGCGGAGGCAUGGUGGUACCUGACUGGACUUGACAUCGAAGCCAAAGCACAGAUGUUUGAAGCUCAGAUCCGACGGCUCGUCGCUCCUCAUGCGGAUAAAUUCACCACCUUAAAAUUUGACCUACUUGGAUCAAGUUUACCUGAUGCGUCAAGUCAAAACCGUGCUACUGUUCCGCUUCGUGUUGUGGCACAGGCAAGGCAUGCAGAUGACCUCGGACCCAAGAAAUUCGCCAGACCUCUCUCAGAUAAUAUUAUGCAAGGAUACCCGGGCGCUACAUUCCAACUAGACAUGCGACAAGCGUUUCCUCGAGCAUUAUUUGAGUACUAUGCAGUUACGCAAACUGAUAAGCCUAUUGAUUUGAUGAACGAUUUUGGUCCAACUGACCGCGGACCAUUAGGCUGGAUUGUACAUGGUCGCUCGGGAGACAAAGGCUCCGAUGCAAAUUGUGGCCUCUGGGUUCGGCAUCGGGAUGAAUACCUAUGGUUGCGGAGUCUUUUGUCGAUCGAGAAAGCUCGCGAUCUGCUAGGUGAUGAAGCCCAUCGCUCACCACCGUUGGCUAUUGAACGGUUUGAGCUGCCAGGGCUUCAGGCGGUGCACUUUCUCUUCCGUAAUUUGUUGGAUCGUGGGGUGGGAGUCACGAGCACAGUCGAUUGUUUAGGAAAGAACGUGGCGGAGUAUAUUCGGUCACGGCAUGUUGACCUUCCCACACGUUUCCUCAAUCGUGGGAAGUUGUAG